CAUGACACCUUGGCAGCAAUCGUUGUUACGAUCAAUGAGACUCGUGACUCCUCUGUGGCAGUCAAUGACACAGUAAGCCAGGCGAAAUCUGACAUUACGGUACUAAAUAACACCACUUACCAGACACGUACGGGAAUGACAGAGAUGGGUAAUACACUUACCACCACUCAGAACGACUUGCAAGUAGUCAAAAAUACGGUCAACAACAUUCAGAGCGCCAUGGAGGCAGUUGUCAAUACGGUCACUAGGACCCAAGCUGUUGUGAUAGCAAAUGGCGACACCGUGACUAACCUACGGCUCGGAUUGGCAGAAGUUACUCGCACUAUCACCAACACUCAGAAUGUUGCCGAAGCGGUUGAUAGGAAAGUCAACCAGACACACGAUGCCACGACAGCAGUCGUCAACACAGCUGACAACAUUUUGAGUGAUCUAGCGGCAGUCCGACAAACAGUCGUCCGUACCCAAGAUACUGUUUCGGCAGCGGACAAUACGAUUAAUCAAACUUUAGCUGCAGCAGUAGCGGUGAACAACACGCUCGAUCAGACACGAGCUGCAGUGACAGCGAACCACAGUCUAGCCAACAGUAUAUUGGAUGGAUUGGAGACAGUCGCCUGUGUUGCCAUCAGCACUCAGGAAGCUGUUACAACGACGGAGAGCAUUGUCAAUCAGACGCAGCAUACGCUGGUAACCGUAAGCGGCACAGUUACUGAUGCCAAGAAUGCAUUAAUUACAAUGGGAAACGCUGUCAAUGAAACCCGCCAGAAUAUGACAGGCGUCAAUCAUACGUUAAACAAUGCUCACAAUACCAUAACAACGAUUGAGCGACAAGUCGCUCGCAGCAAUGACAAUGCUCUUCAAAAUCGGACCGAAAUCGACAAUCUGCAUCGGACCGUUGGGGAGCUUCUCCUGGAAGUUCGGGCAGGGUAACGACGAAUGAGCCCAUGUCGUAACAUUAUGAUCCCACUAACCCUACAUAGUCAUUUCAAUCAUGUAGCACGCUUAUCUAAU